CUCAAGAAAAGAAAAGAAAUAAUAUAAAAAGAAGAAGAAAAGGAAAAGGAGAAAAUGAGUGGUGGAAAGCAGAAGCAUGCCGCCGAGAAAACCCCUACAAUCUACCGAUGCAGCGGUGAGAACCGCGAAAACCACACCGUCGCAGCAGACAUGGACGGAGCUCUGCUAGUGGGUGGCUCCUCUUUCCCUUACUUGGCGCUGAUCGCGUUCGACGUGGGAGGGGUCCCACGGCUGCUGCUGCUGCUGCUGGCGGCUCCAGUGGCGGCCCUCAUGCGGCGCUUGGUGUCCGAAUCCGCUGGCAUGAAGGUGCUGAUAUUCGCGGCGUUUGCAGGGGUGAGGGUGUCGGCGAUCAAGUCGGCGGCGAGCGCGGUUCUGCCGAAGCAUUACGCGGACGACCUGCACCCGGAGACGUGGCGCGUUUUCUCGUCGUGCGGGAAGAAAUGCGUGCUCACCGCCAACCCUAGGAUCAUGGUGGAGCCUUUCUUGAGGGAAUAUUUGGGCGCCGACGUCGUUUUAGGUACCGAGAUCACAUCAUUUAAGGGCUUUGCCACCGGCCUCGUGGAUGCCGGCGGCGUGCUCCUGGGUCACACCAAGGCUGCUGCUCUUCAGAAGGCUUUCCGGAAUGGCGGCACUCCUGAUGUUGGAAUUGGGACUGAUUUUCCAUUUAUGAGACUUUGCAAGGAAAGGUACGUGGUGCCGCGGAGGGCCGGGAUCCGGGCCGUCAGCCCCGAAACACUACCGAAGCCCGUGAUUUUCCACGACGGGCGGCUAGUCCGGAAGCCAACUCCAUUGCUAGCACUACUAAUCAUUCUAUGGUUCCCAGUCGGGAUUAUCUUAUCCAUCCUACGUGUCUUCAUCGGCUCCGUCGUCCCAAUCUCAAAAACUCGGCGCGUAGUGCAUUUCCUCGGCUGCCCAAUCACAGUCAAAGGAGCCAUCCCCGUCGACCUUUCCUCCGGCGUCGUCUUCGUCUGCUCCCACCGCACCGUCCUCGACGCCGUCGCCGUCUCCACCUGCCUCGGCCGCAUGACCACCACCAUCUCCUACUCCGUCGCGGACUUCACGGAGCUCCUGUCGCCGAUCAAAAGCUCGCGGCUGACACGCGACAGGGCCAGAGACGCCAAACUGAUCGCAGAAAUACUGAACGCCGGAAAUUGCUUGGUGAUGUGCCCCGAGGGGACGACGUGCCGGGAGCCGUAUCUGCUCCGCUUCUCGUCGCUCUUUGCUGAGCUGGCGGAUCGGAUCGUGCCGGUCGCCGUUUCCGUGAAGACGAGCUUGUUUCACGGCACGACGGCCAGGGGCCACAAGUGGUUGGAUCCUUUCUUCUUCUACAUGAAUCCUCGGCCGGUUUACGAGAUCACGUUUUUGGAUUUGUUGCCGGCCGAUCAGACCUGUGCCGCCGGAAAAUCGAGCCAUGAGGUUGCCAAUUAUGUGCAGAAAUUGAUCGGCGAGACGUUGGGGUUUAAGUGUACGGAUCUUACGAGGAAGGAUAAGUAUCGGGCGUUGGCCAGGACGGACGGUCUCGUCGGGGGAAACUCCUAGCUGCUCCUCGGCCCAUAUUUUAAUCAUCACUAUAUAUUUGGGUUUUCAAAAAAAUAAAAAAUAGCAUUUCUUUCACUGCCUCGAAUAGAAUAGCCAUUUCACCAGUAUAUGUGAUAUAUGUGUACUGAUGUAUCACAAUGUUGGUUUGUGUCAUUUAAUUAUGUAUGGUUAAUAAAAUAAAAUUGAUGUGAGUGUUUUCGUUUGAUC